CAGAUAUUGUAUAUAAAUAAUGCAUAUCGGUGCACAGGUAUCUAAUUGAUUUUAGAAGCUUGUCGUUAACACUUUUCCUAUUCCAACUUUUCCCAAUGGCUCCACAGUAUAAAUUAACUUACUUUGACGUUACCGGUGUAGCUGAAGCCUGUCGCUACCUUUUCAACUACGGUGGAAUAGAAUUUGAAGACGUUAGAAUUAAAAGCGAAAACUGGCCGCAGCUUAAAGACAAAACUCCAUUCGGUGUUCUCCCCAUUCUGGAACACAAUGGAAAAGUGGUGGGUCAAAGUCUUGCCAUUAAUCGAUACCUUGCCAAAAAAGUCAAACUCGCCGGAAACAACGACUGGGAGAACUUGGAAAUUGAUGCAAUGGUAGACACAAUCAGCGACUUAAGACCAAAACUGCUCCCCAUAGUUAAGGAACAAGACGAAUCAAAGAAAAAAGCUGCUAUUGAAACGGUUAAAAAGGACACGUUUGAUGUGUAUUUACCGCGUUUGGAGGCGGCGGUUCAAAAAAACAACGGUUAUCUAGUGUUGGGUCGGUUGACGUGGGCUGAUUUCUACUUUGCUACUAUUUCUCCGGCUUAUGAUCUAACUAUUAGAGAAGAUGUUUUGGCCAAAUAUCCAAAUUUGAAAGCACUGAGGGAAAAAGUCAAUGCUUUGCCGGCUAUCAAGAAAUGGCUUGAAGUUCGACCCAAGUCUACUUUUUGAAAUGUAUUAAGAGUACACAAAAGCGAAUAAAUAUAUUAAUCAGUAA